CGAAAACCCUCGAGGUUCACCACUACGCAGACAGCGCUUCGCGGUUGCAAGCAGGAACAGCUCGUAGCUAUGGGAAAGACAACAGUGGCCAACUAUCUGCUCACAAGGCUAGCAGAGCUCGGCGUCGAGAGUGUCUUUGGAGUCCCAGGCGACUACAAUCUCGCCUUCCUUGAUGAAUUUGACAAGCACAAGGAAAUCAACUGGGUCGGGUGCGCCAAUGAGCUCAAUGCUGCUUACGCUGCCGAUGGCUAUGCUCGUGUCAAGAAGGGCGUUGCGGCCUUGGUGACAACGUUCGGUGUUGGCGAACUCUCGGCCAUCAAUGGCGUUGCAGGCGCAUACUCGGAGCAUGUUCCUGUUGCCCAUAUAGUUGGAACACCCAGCACAUCAGCACAAAAGUCUGGCGCUCUGCUCCAUCACACUCUUGGCAAUGGCGACUUUAGUGUCUUUGCCAACAUGUCCAAGUCCAUCUCUGCUGCAACAACCAACUUGUCGGAUCCUCACACUGCUCCAACAGAGAUCGAUCGUGUGCUUGCAGCGUGCUUUGUUCAGGCACAUCCUGUCUACAUUGGUUUACCAACAGAUAUGGCAUACAAGGAAAUUGACGAUACGCUCUUACAGAAGCCACUGGAUCUGUCAAUCCCCCAGAAUGAUGCAGAGGUGGAAGACUACCUUGUCAAGGAAAUCACAGCACUCGUGCAUGCUGCGAAGAAGGCCAUCAUUCUAGUAGAUGCAUGUGCUAUUCGCCAUCGAGUCUUGGAUGAAGUGCACGCACUCAUCAAGGCAACUCAAUUCCCAGUCUUCUGCACGCCCAUGGGCAAGUCUGCCGUGGAUGAAACACAUCCGCUCUUUGGUGGCAUCUACAUUGGCACCAUCACACAACCGCAUAUUCAGGAAGCAGUUGAGUCUGCAGAUCUUGUGCUCAGUAUUGGGGCCCUCAAGUCUGACUUCAACACGGGUUCCUUCUCUUAUCACAUCAACAAGCAGGCUGUCGUUGAAUUUCACUCAGACAAAACACAAAUCAAGUAUGCGACAUACCCAGAUAUCGGCAUGCAGCCACUUCUCAAGCGUUUGGCAACAUCCAUUGACGUGAAGCAAUGCGCCAAGGGGAAUGUCCCAACUUUUGAGAAUAAAGUGCCUGCUGAAGCUCAGGAAGGUCCAGUCAUCAAGCAAGACUGGUUUUGGCCGACGUUGGGUAAGACGUUCAUCAAAUCUGGUGAUGUGAUUGUCUCUGAGACGGGUACGUCCAACUUUGGUCUGAUUGAUACGCAAUUCCCAGACAAUGUCAUUGCCGUCAAUCAGGUCCUUUGGGGUUCUAUCGGUUAUUCUGUCGGUGCAACACUCGGCGCUGCGCUUGCGGCGAAGGAGCUGGGUCGUCGUUGCAUGCUCUUUGUAGGCGAUGGCAGUCUCCAGCUCACUGUUCAGGAAAUCUCAACCAUGAUUCGACAUGGUCUCAAGCCUAUUUUGUUUGUCCUUAACAAUGAAGGCUACACCAUCGAACGUGCGAUUCAUGGACCAGAUGCAGCCUAUAACGACAUCAACACGGGCUGGCAGUAUCAAAACUUGCUCACCUUCUUUGGCUGUGCCUCUGAGCAUCAAGCAAGCUACAAGGUUGCCACCAAGGACGAUGUCGUGGCGUUGCUCAAGGACGAAAAGUUUUGCCAGGCAGACAAGAUUCAGCUUGUUGAGGUGAUUAUGGAGAAGAUGGAUACGCCGAGGGCGUUGAAAAGGCAAGCACAGUUGACAUCCGAAGCCAAUGAGAAGUCAGACACAUGAAAGUGUGUAUUGUAACGCAUCUAUAGACCAUUUAACGAAAGUAUACCUUUGUCCUCUCCUCUAUA